UGCCCUCUUUCGCUGCUAAUUGUAUACUCAGACUCUCAGAGCCAAACCCUUCCCAUUUUCUUCUUCGCCGUCGCCAUUGCCUAGAGUCUCAAGGAUGUCUACAGAAGCCACCGCCACAUCGUCCUCACCUUCUCCCCGCCCUUCAUCCGCCAUCGAUUUUCUCACGCUUUGCCACCGCCUCAAGACCACAAAGAGGACGGGUUGGGUAUAUAGAGGUGUGAAAGAUCCAGAAUCCAUAUCUGAUCACAUGUACCGUAUGGGAGUGAUGGCUCUUAUAUCCGCAGACCUUCCUGGUGUGGAUCGUGACAAGUGCAUAAAAAUGGCUAUAGUGCACGAUAUUGCUGAAGCAAUUGUUGGAGAUAUAACCCCUUGUGACGGGGUUUCAAAAACCGAAAAGAGUCGCCGGGAGAGAGAAGCCAUAGAGGACAUGUGCAAACUACUAGGAGGAGGCCCUCGAGCCAAGGAGAUAAGGGAUUUGUGGUUGGAAUAUGAAGAGUGUUCUUCAUUAGAAGCUAAAGUUGUUAAAGAUUUUGACAAGGUUGAGAUGAUACUCCAGGCUUUGGAAUACGAAAUAGAGCAGGGAAAGGAUUUAGACGAGUUUUUCCAGUCUACAGCAGGGAAGUUUCAAACUGAAGUGGGUAAAGCUUGGGCGGAAGAGAUUCUAUCAAGACGCACAAAGAUAAACUUGUGAAAAUUUCAUUUCAUUUCUAGAUUCAGGAAAAGUGUAACUAGGAUUUUGGAAUCUUUCAAUUAUAUAACUCAUUUUUAAUUGCCCUUUGAUGUCAUUAAAUUAAACUUAUUUACAAAUUCUUCUUUAGACAAAAGUUUGUGAAACAUGUUUUUAUAUGGAUGGAGUAUUAUAGGCCACUGAUCUCAUGUAGCAUUUGGAAAUUGAAGAAAGGUGCGAGGGAAAUUAGGAAAUAUACAAAUUGAAUGAGGCAUUU